UUCAGUAGUAUAAAUAACAGUGGGUGCACUUUUCUCCUACAGCAGCUCUCCCAACAAACAACACCAGCGAAAUCUUAAGACAGGAACAAUCAUCAUCGUACCCCCAGUUCUCAUUUUCAGAUCUCAUCAAUUCUUUGUCCGAACAACAACAAGCACAAACAAGAAUUCUUUUUUUUUUUUGAGUAGUUGUUGAUAGCAAUGGAAAAAUGCACGCCGGUGAGGAAGCCCCAUACUUCGACGGCAGAUCUACUCACGUGGUCGGAGAAUCCGCCGGAAUAUUCCCCUGCACCCGCUUCCUCUGCCCGCUCUCACCAGCCGUCGGAUGGGAUUAGCAAGGUGGUGUUUGGUGGGCAGGUUACUGAUGAAGAAGUUGAGAGCUUGAAUAAAAGAAAGCCGUGUUCGGACUAUAAAAUGAAGGAAAUGAGUGGCAGUGGUAUUUUCAAAGGCAAAGGAGAAAAUGGAACAUUGGAAAGUGAGGAUGAUGACGGUGAGACCCCAGUCAACAAAACUGGUUUGCGUAUGUACCAGCAAGCAUUGGGUGGAAUGAGCAACAUUUCUUUCAGUGAAGAAGGAACUGUUUCUCCGAAGAAGCCGUCCACUCUGCCUGAAGUUGCCAAACAGAGGGAGUUAAGUGGAAAUCUCGACACCGAGUACGAGUCGAAAUUGAACAAACAAAUUUCCAUGGCGAAAAACAAGGAACUCAGUGGCAACGAUAUCUUCGCUCCGCCACCCGAAAUUCAGCCCCGCCCUUUGACCGCUCGGGCUCUGGCUUUAAGAGAAAGCAUAACCAUCGGAGAACCCACUUCGCACAACAGCAACGGUGUUUCGAGCGAAGAACCUGCGAUUAAGACAGCAAAGAAGAUUCCGAACCAGAAAUUUACGGAGCUUUCGGGGAAUAAUAUAUUUAAGGGAGACGCACCUCCUUCGUCUGCCGAAAAGCCGCUGAGCUCGGCAAAAUUGAGGGAAAUGAGCGGAAGCAAUAUUUUCGCUGAUGGGAAAGUGGAGUCGCGCGAUUUCUUAGGAGGGGUACGCAAACCUCCCGGUGGAGAAAGCAGCAUUGCCCUCGUGUAACUUUUGUUAGGAUUUUCUAACUAAAAAAAAUUUGUUUCACUUGUUAAUUCGCGUCGUUUAUUUAUCUUAUUUAGUUGGGAUUUGUUGUUUUAUCAUAUACAUAUGAUUUGACUUGGUUUGUGGGGGGCUUUUGGUGUGUCCUAGGUUUGAUUAACAUGUCCUAAAGUUACCAACAUUUGGCUAAUUGAAUUGAAUGUUCAUAUUACUUUGUGAUUUAGUUUUAAUGUUUAUGAAGAGCUCGAGCUUGAGCUCGACGGGUAAUCUUUUGUUAAGAUUAGGCCUUUCUACUGUGUGUUUAUUUUUUUUUUCUUUCGGGAAUUUGUUUUUAUUGAUGACAUGUAUGAGAAGUUCGUUUCUGGUUUAUUAUCUAUAAAUUUGGACUUG